UUCUAGAAAGGUUGAAGAGGAUGAAUAUGAAGACGGAACAACUAACCAAAAAUGGGUUUUAGCUCCAAAAACACAAGACACAGAUGUGACUCUCAUACUAAACAAGCUGUUGAGAGAGUAUGACAAAAAGCUACGGCCAGAUAUUGGAAUAAAACCAACAGUUAUUGAUGUUGACAUUUAUGUCAACAGCAUUGGUCCUGUAUCAUCAAUAAAUAUG